ACGGCAACAUCAAACAUGGAGGUGUCCCCGUUCAGCUUCACUCCGGAGAGGUACUGGACGGAGGAGAAAGAGAGGGCGCUUAUAGCGUUUUUCUCCAAGCAUAGCUGUCUGUGGAACCACAAGUCUGAGGGUUAUAAGAACCGGCAGCUGCGAUGGAAAACCCUGGAAACACUGAGGAUCCUGCUGUCAACUCUCCCACCUCCAGUCCCAUUCACAGUGGAAGACAUCAAAAACAAGUUCAAGAAUCUCCGUACGACUUUUCAGCGUCAGUACAAAAUGGUUAAAGCAAGUAAGGCGUGCAACCCGGACGACGAGUUUGUGCCGCAGUGGAAGCACUACCAUCAGCUCAUGUUCCUGCAGGGUUGCUGGGACCAGGACGACCACGACCCCGCCGCCGGUGAGCCGCCGCUGUCACCACUGAACCCUCUGCAGGAAGAGGGCCAGCCUGUCCUCACCUCCCCAGGACUCAUCAUCUCCUUCCUCCCCACCCCGUCCACCUCGUCCACCUCCUCCUCGUCCACCUGUGUUCCCUCCAGUGUCAUGAUUAAAUGUUACUGGACUGAAGAGAGGGAGCGAGCUCUGAUUUCUUUCUAUUGUGAGCACAACUGUCUCUGGAACAAGAAGUCUGAAAACCACAACAACCGUCAGCUCAGACUGAGGCUGUUGGAGGCUCUGAGGAGCCAGUUGUCCGACCACACAGUGUCGUUCUCAGUUGAAGAUAUAAAGUGCAAGUUCAAGAACCUACGAACUGUUUUUAACCGCGAGUUCAAGGCGGUCCAGGCAAGCAGGGCGUCUGACAAACCCUACAUGUCCAAAUGGAAACACUACCAGCAGCUGCUUUUUCUCUGCGAGUCCUGCGACGAAGACGACGGCUCUGAAGAUCUGCAGAUCCUGACGCCGCAAGAAGACAAGGAUCGGGAGCACGGAAACCAGACCCCGUCCUCCACCCUGAGCAGUUUCUCCUCCAGCUCCAACCAAACCAGCAGCAUCAAACUCAGCACCGCCUCUGCCCCCUCCAGUUCCACUCAGAGCGACGCCAAAACCGGGACAAGCACAGGGUACCAAAUGUUCCUCCCUGCAGCUCCGGAUAACCUCAGACUAGGCAGCCAAUCAGCCACUUCCACGCUGCCAACUUCUCCAUCCAGUUCACUGCCAGACACCAGAUCCUGUACCAACCCCUCCCCUUUAAAUUUCUCUACAGCCAGUUCGGUUCAGCCAGACAACAGACUGAGCGCUGACACCCGCUGCCUCUGGAGCGAGGCCAAAGUUCAGCAGCUCAUCUCAUUUUACUCCGAACACAGCUGUUUGUGGAACCACAAAUCUGAGAGUUACAGGAACCGUCUGCUGAGACAGAGCCUGCUGGAGACGCUGAGCAGCAUCCUGUCAGACAACGAGCCGGUCUCAUUCACAGUGGAAGACAUAAAGACGAAGUUCAGGAACCUGCGAACCAUCUUCCAGCGUGAACACAAGGCGGUGAGCUCCAACAAAACGUGCGGCUCGGAGGACUUCUACCUCCCAAAGUGGAAGCACUACCGUGACCUCAUGUUCCUCUGCGACUCCUGCGACGAGGAUGAGCAGCCCGAGGACGUCCACUUCUGCCAGCUGCAGGACGCCAGUCUCCUACAUAUGGACAGCCAAGCCCCACCUCCCCCCUUACACUACCGUGCCACCAACCAAACUGUCUCCAAGCUGAACACGCGGGGUCUCAAAGCCCCCCCCUCACCUACACCCCCAGACUCCCAGCACUCCUCCCCUUCCUCGUCCCCCUCCCCUUCAACAUCUUCCUCCCACACAGACAGCAGAGUAUCUGGACGCAAGCGCGCGAGCCACCGUGCGACCACCACCGAGGUGCUGGACCUCAUGAGGACACUAUGUCAGACCCAAGCAGCGUCCCCACACGCAGGGUUCCUGAGGUAUGUGGAGGAGUGUCUGAAUGAGACGCCGCCUGACAAAGUGAGGAAGCUGAAGAAGAAGAUAAUAGAGACGAUUCACAGCAUGUCGGAGGACGUUUAGUGUGCUUAUUCAUUCAUUUCAUUUCAUUUCAGCCCGAGUCUAGAUCUCGUGAUCAUCUCUUCUAAUAGCUGUGACACUUUAAUCUCAAAACUUCGGUACAAUGAUCAUAAUAACCAUGAUUUCAGUUUUCAGGGGCUCUUCCAACAUGGAGCUGUUCCACUUCCUGUUCAUCCACAUCAUGCAGAAUAGAAAUGAACUGAGCUAAACAGCUUAAAUAGUGAAAAACCCACAUUUCAUUUUUUUAGAAUGCUUAUCAAAAUGCAGCAUUGAUAAUGUAGGUUAAAUAAAACACUUGUGGCAUUCGGCUUUAGAUUUAAUGUAGAUGUAGAUGCUGUGACAUAAAGUGACCUAAAACUCAUAGAAAACUGUUUCACUGCAAUUCAGAAUUGUCUUGAACACUGUCAUCACAAACAUGAUGAAUAUGUCAGCAAGAAAAAAAAAACAAUAAACACAUGACCCCACAUUUCUGGGGGAAAAAACUUAACUAUGUAAGUAAUACUGUAACAUACACCGAAAGCACCAAUAUAGCUGAUAAGCAUUAAUGUGACAGGAACACUUUUAAGCAUUUUAUGCAAAGGACAAAGUCCUGAAAAUAAUAUGAUUUGCGCAAGCUAUGAUUAAACUUAAUAUGUACAGCCUGUGCUAAGAAAUGUUUCCAAAUUCUGUAGAAACAUUUAAACCAAUAUACAAAUCAGUUUCUAAACAAAAACACAGAUUUGUGAACAGACACUAUAUAAACACUAAUUAAACGUAUAUAAUUCACUUCCUGGCUCCCUAAUUCUGCACUUUAUUGAAAUUUUGCAAGCCCUUCUUGCAGAUUAUGCAUGGAUGUCAUAGAUAACAGCAAACUGAGUUUUAUUUAGAAAUUGUUUGAGAACACUACAGCAAGCUGAGGCGUCUUUCUCCUGUGCAGAUUUAUCCCAAAAUAAUGAGGUUCAUCCCAAACUGGUACAUCCACCACUUAAAAUCAGCAUCACCAGGCCCAUACUCAGUGUUUACAGAAAUACAGUGAAACUACGCUCAGUCCUCUGUGUAAUUUCAGACUUGGUUGUGACAUUCACAUAUAAAGACUUUAUUGAUCGAGAGUCCUUUGAAAGUGCCAAAGGAAAAGAUGGGUUCAGCACUUUGUCAACAAACCGACAUUUUAAAGAGCUGCGCUGUUGGCAGUGACUGACCACAGAUCCUGUAGAAAUGUAAUCAAACUUUUCAUGUGUGUCCUCUUUAUUUAACCUGUUAUAAUCCUAUUGUGUCAUAAUAUUUAAAUAAUUUGCUUCUUUUUUUCUUUUUUUUUACAAAGCCAGAAAUGUUACUUUUGUUAAAAUUCUAUAAACUUAUCUUAAAAUGAAAAAAUGUCAACAUGUAAAGAGUUAAAAAAAAACAACCUUUUUUUUCCUUUUGGAAAGUUUAAAUGGUUUUGAUGCAAUACUGAACAAUCGCAGCACAUGCUAUAACUAACAGUUUAGUUAUCAUUAUUAUUAUUAUUUUUAUUAUUAUUAUGUAAUUACUUUUUGGCUGGUGUUUGUUUAAAUUCGA